AUGACGUUACCAAAGUUUGACGAGUACAAAGAACGGUCUUAUGAAGAAAAUCUACACGUAUUAAAUCAAAAUAAAAUAGAUGAAUACAAGUUUAAAUGGCAAGAAAAGGUAUUUUCUACUCAUGAGUUUCAAAAAUAUUCUGACCCUUACAAUUGUAGCACGGAAACAGAAAUGAAAUAUCAUGAGAUGAUUAAGGAUCCAAAUGUUAAGCCACAAAAAGUAUUUACAUAUCUAGAUGAAGACUAUCAUCUGCCUUUGCCUAUUUUUGAAAAGAAAAAUAAACUGGCCUCUAUUCGAAAAUUAAAUGCUUGUUUUGAAAAAUUAAAUAUCAAUAAUAUAGGAAGUUUUAAAAAUGAUUCAACUUCAGUGGUACAUCUGUUCAAAAGUCAGGAAAAUAUUUCAGGUGAUGAACAAUGGAUGACGAUGCAUAUUGUGUUAGAUAAUUCUGAAUAUAAUGAAAAAUCACAAAUUCUUUUCAAACAAGAAUGUAACCUGCUUUCUCUACGUCACAAUGUUACUAAAAACUACCUCAUCGUGCUGCCAGAUGUAAAUAAUUUGCAAUUUAACCCAUAUAACAUAGAAGAUGGAGACAGUACCCUGGGAUAUGAGUAUGGAGUGGAGAUUGACUUUGGGAGGGAAGAGACAGGGGAAGAUUCAGAAGAAUUAUUGAAUAAUUUAUUCAAGAAAUGGGAAAAGAAGAAAAGACGAUUAUUAAGUUUUCUGAUGCCACCUCAAGGUAUGAAGAAAACUUUUGUUACGUUUGAGAUUGUCUCAGCUUCAGAAUUCGAGAUGGACAAUUUGUACAUUGAUUUUCAAAUAAAGAUUUCAGAUGAUAUAACAGUCAACGGUGAUCGUAAGGGCAGAACACAUGUGAGUAAAUCUUCUAGAACAGAAGAUGACGAUAAAUGGAGUUAUGGACACGUGCUUGAAUUGGAGUUGGAGUAUGCUAUUGGAAUAGAAAUAAGUCCAUUAAAGAUCAUUCUAGAAGCGAUAUCAGUGGACUGGUGGGGGCGACACCGUACAGAAGGGUAUAGCUGUCUCACUUUAACACUAGAACCCGGUGAAUAUAAACAGAUUCUGUCCUGCUCUAGACCUGAAGAGUUAGACAUCGUGGAAGCAGAGAGUAGGAGAUUCUUUGUUGGAGGUUGCCAUUUGAUAAAGGAUUUGGAUGUAUUGAUCAAUCCACAGUUGCAUGAAGCAAAUUUUAGAUAUGUCUCGAGUGGUAAAAUCUCAGUCCUCUGGCGAACAAUAUCACAAACUCAGUCUUCUGUCUCUCACACAUAUUUACCUGAUACCUCUACAGAUCUUUUGAAAGGCGCGGAAGCUGUUUUGAAACAAUAUAAGAAGGCUAAAGCUACAUUAGCAGCAGCGACUAAAAGUUUGACCAAAUUAGAGGACCAAUAAUUAGUCCAGUGUCAAAACAAAGUUAUCAGUGUUC